CUGUACCUCAAGAACCUUCGUCGGAUAAAGAUUCGAAGCAUAUCGAUCAUCAUGAAGUCAAUUGCUGCCCUUGUUGCUGUUAUGGGCGCUGUGGUUAUCGCCGAGGCAGGAUACAUUGCACCAUACACAGAGCUUGCCCACACCGUACACGAUACCGGUGCAUACUACGACGAUCACUAUGCUUCGCUUGCAUACGCAGCUCCAGCUUAUGCAGCACCGUAUGCCGCCUACUAUGGCAACCCUUCCGGUACGUACAGUUACUGGGGCUCCCAUGGACCGACGGUAGUGCAGGAAAACGCCGCCAGUCUGCCAGCUCCAAUUCAUGGAGCGCAUCCGUACGCACCAUACGCAUCGCUUUACGGUACCUACGGACCGGUCAAGACGACCGUCGUGCAGGAAAACUUAGCCAGUAGCCUCGCGAAUCAUUGGGGUUAUCCUGCAGCUUAUGGUGCGUACGGCCAUGGUUACGGUUAUGGAUACAAUAAGUAUCUUGCCGGUGCAUCACCAGUUACCAAAUAUCUGCUGUAAGUCAU